GUGACGACCAACCAUGCUUUAGUUGAAUUUACUCUUGAAGAUAACACAUUGUAAUAACAUUAAGACUACUCUGUGCCUAGAGUAGGCCUACAAUGACUACUUUGGCAGAAGUAAACAACGCGUUCAAAAUGACCACCACUAGUAUUCUGACGACUGUCAUUGUUACGGCUGUGCUAAGUCAAACAGCUAUGCUGUCAGCAGAGGAUAGCAAAGACUUGCAGGCAGGAGAUUGCAAAGAGCUAAACAUCUUCAACCCCAAUGAAAAUUACUCUGUUGAGGAAGGAGUGGUUCCUGAUUGCCUGAAAACUCCAGUAUGGGCUCAAAACGUUUUGCACUACUUUGAACAUUACAAACACAAAACAGACAAUAAGAAUAAUUCACGUGAAAUUAAAAAAGAAAAGAAGCACUUAAGAUUUGGCAUCAAUCAAUUGUUGAAGACGAUGAUGUAUUCUUUCAUUGAAUUGCCUCGUUCCCAUGAACUCAAUUGGACGAAGUUAAGUACUGAUAUCAUCAAUGCCUUCCACAUAUUUCCUCAACCAACGGAUCGUAAAUAUUCCGGUUUAGCUUGUCUUUUGAAUGAGGAAUGGAAAAUUAAAACAGAGAAACAACAGGAACAGAUAAUGUACAUCAUAGAUUGUAUACUCCGUUCGAACGCUUUGAGCUUCAUCUUAUGCGACAAAAUAUAGUAAACUAAGAGAUGUACAUUGAAUGAGAUAUCUUAAAUUCACAGUACGAUAUUGUAUAUAUAUAUAAGGAACUGAUAAUGUACAUUAUAGAUUGUAUACUCCGUUCGAACAUUUUGAGCUUCAACUUAUGCGACAAAAUAUAGUAAACUAAGAGAGAUGUUGUACAUUGAAUAAGAUAUCUUAAAUUCACAGUACGAUAUUAUAUUUAUAUAUAUAUAUAUAUAUAUUUUUUAUAUAUAUAUAUAUAUGUGUGUGUGUGUGUGUGUGUGUGUGGAUGGGUGUGGGUGUGUGUGACCUGCAAAAUUUGUUCAUCAAGUGUUUCAAGAAACAACCGAAAUAGAUUAUAAGAUACAAUCAAACCAACCAAUAAAAGCUUUAGUCGUUUAUUUUUCCUAUAAUUAGCUAUGUAGCUGCAGGAAAAAAAAUUGAACCUAAACUUAAACAAUUAAAUUCCAAUCAUUUGGAAAACUAGACAUUGACUUUAUCAGGAAAAAUGAUUCUAAUUAAAUCUUUUGGGCUCUAUCAAUUUAUUUAUUUGGCCUCUGUCAUUCACAUUCCAAUUACAUUAAAUAAUCAGAUUGAGAAAAUUGUUUACAAAUUUCUUGUGGAAAGGAGGCAAUGGUUUUAUUAAAAGAAAAGUGGUUAUUACCAACAUAAAGCAUGGAGGACUGAAAAUGGUCGAUAUCAAAUCUAUGUUUAAAGCACUAAAAAUUCAAUGGAUAGAACGCUCUCAAAAUAGUAAUGCUUCUUGGAAAUGUCAUUUAAUUAUUUUUUUUGGUCCCAUAUGGUGGAAGUAUAAUAUUUAAUUGUAAUAUGAAAGAAGAACAGGUGUUUGCAUGGAAGAGUGUUCCACAAUUGUAUAAAGAUGUGUUUGUAUCCUACUUUGAUCUCACUAGUCGUUUUGGAAAAGUUUUUAGCUAGCUUUCAAUACUUCAAAAAGUUGAAAGAAAUAUUGCCAUGGACAGAAAUACUAUAAGUUUACUGCUAAAUGGAGUAAAAUAGUUGAUUAUAUCUGAAUUGUCCUGGUGUUAAAUAUUAAAUUAUUGACUGGUAUAAAAAAUGAAAACAAAGAGGUAAUUGUAAAAUUUAGGUUUAAAAGAAUGUAAAUUUAUGUGGUUUGUUUUAAGUAAACAAAGUUUGUUUAAACUAUUUUGUAAAAUAUGGGGGAUGCAAGUAUCAGAGGUAUUUAAGUGAAUGAUAAAGAAAUCAAAAUUCAUACUAUAUGCAGAUGAUACAACAUGUACGCUAGAUAAGGAGCUAUUCUGGGCAUUACCUAUCAAAUUUUAAUGAAGUUAAUUUUUUAAUGUAAUUUGAAAGGAGAAUUAUAUGUUUGCAUGGAAGAAUGUUCCUCAAUUCCAUAUUAAGACGUGUUUAUGUCUUACUUUGGUUUCACUAAACUCUAUGAGGUUAAUUUUACCUCACAAUGUAUUUGGAAUAAUUUCAACAUUAGAAAUAAUGGUAAAUCCUGCCCUUAUUAUGUUUCACUAUUUAACAGAGGGAUAGAAUUGGUAAGUGAUCUUUUUAAUGAUAAUGGGCAAGUUUUUUCCUUUGACUUUUGGCUGGCCAGCGGCAUACCAAAGACUUUUUUUUUUUUUUAAUGGAGAAGUGUAAUUGCUGCAAUUCCACCCCCCUGGAGGAAGACAUUGAGUCAGGUUUUUAAUAGAAAGGAUUGUAAAAGAAAGGGUCUCCAAAUGUUUGAGGAGGAAAAGAAUGACAACAAAAGCAAUUUAACAAAUAUUAAUUAGUAGAUUUAUUGAACCACCUACCGCCUAAUUAAAAUAUAGUAGUGAAUUCAACAUAGGCCUAUUUGAAAAUGAAUGGAAUUAUAUCUAUACUUUACCCUUCAAGUGUUGUCAAGAUUAAACAAAUAUCCAGGUUUUUGAGUAUAAAAUCAACACAAAUUCCAUGACAAAUACAAGACUUUACCAUAUGAAAAUUUUGAAUAAUGUUUGUUCACUCUGUAAAAUGAACAGUGAAUCAAUGAUACAUCUUUUGUUUAACUGUGGUAGAGUAAAACCAAUUUUGACAAGGUUUCAUAUUUGGUGGAAUGAGGUAAUGCAACAAAAAAUAACUUUAGAUUACAAAUCGAUUAUUUUUGGGGUUAAUUUUCAUAAACCAGAUUUGUUGUUAAACCUAUGCAUUAUAAUUAUCAAAAAAUUAUUUUGGGAGUCGUUUUGGAAAGUUUUUAGCUAGCUUUCAAUACUUCAAAAUUUUACUUAAAUUUAAUUUCAAGUUGAAAGAAAUAUUGCCAUGGAGAGAAAUACUAUGAAUAAGUUUACUGCUAAAUGGAGUAAAAUAGUUGAUUUUAUCUGACUUGUCCUGGAGUUUAUUUAAUCAUUUACUGGUAUAAAAAAUGAAAACAAAGAGGUAAAUGUAAAAUUUAGGUUUAAAAGAAUGUUGUAAAUUUAUGUGGUUUGUUUUAAGUGUAUUUUGAAUAAUUGAUAUUUGUUGAUUCUGUAAGGUACAGUGAAAAAAAGACCUAUUUUGUAAAAUUUGGGA